AUGCCCCCGAAGGUGACGCCUAAGAAGGACGGGCCGCAGCAGCAGCCGGAUCUCACGGCGAUUCUGGCGCAGCUCACCGCCAGGGAUGGCGGACUGGUUUUCGACAAGUGGUACUCCCGGCACGAGGAGGCCUUCAACAAGGGCGGGGAGAAGCUGGAGGAAGCGGACAAAGUGCGGCUACUCGUGCGAAAGCUGUCCUCGGUGGAUCACGACCGCUACGUGAACUACAUCCUACCGGAGAACCCACCGGACAGAUCGUUCCAGGACACGGUGGACACGCUUAAGGAGAUGUUCGGGCACCAAACGUCCGUGUUCUUCCGGCGCUACCAGUGUCUGCAGACGACCAAGCGGAAUGCGGAGGAUUUCGUCACGUACGCCAGUACCGUCAACCGAGCGUGCGAGGAUUUCAACAUCCGGACGAUUACCUCCGACCAGUUCAAGUGCCUGGUGUUUGUCGCUGGUCUGCAGUCGGAGCGGUACAAGGACAUCCGGACCCGGUUGCUGCAUUUGGACAACCUCAAACACGACACUGCUGUUAUUGAGGGUCCGAAGCCGGCCGUCAAAGCGGUCCAGCAGGAUCGCAGCGGCUUUCGCGAGUCGGGCAAACCGGAACGGAAGUUCGACAACAGGAAUCCGGCCAAGGCAACCCCACGACGUCCGUGCUGGCAGUGUGGGCAGAUGCACUUUGUUGCAGACUGCUCGUACACGAAACACACCUGCAAGACGUGCGGCAAAGUGGGACACAAGGAAGGAUACUGUGCUUGCUGCUCCAAACCCUCCGGUUCCGGAGAAGGUGCAUCACACACAGCACCUGGAGGCGGCAAGAAGAAGCACAAAAAGAAGCGGGCCGACGGCGGGGGACACUCAAACGGAGUGUACGCUGUCAACAAGGAAGGUGUCGUCAGACGGCGCAAGUUCGUGGAAGUUCUGAUCAACAACGAACCGAUCGAACUCCAGCUCGACUGCGGAUCGGACUAUACCAUCAUCUCGACGGAUUCACUUCCGCUGCUCGGCAACCCAGAAACCAUUCCGACGGAACUGCGGGUGGCCACAGCCUCAGGCAAACCCCUUCCGCUGGAAUUGGAGUUCGAGUGUGACGUCACGUUCCGCGGGACCACCAAGCGUUCCGUGUGCUACGUCACUCCUGUGCGCGGUUUCAAGGUUCUUGGGAGCGACCUGAUGGAAGCUUUCGGGCUGUACGACAUUCCGAUCAACGACUUCUGCAAGCAACUCACAACUGCGGAGGACUCGUUGGCGUGUAGUGCCGCGCUGAAGGCGAAAUUUCCGGCGGUGUUCCAGGAAGGACUCGGACGGUGCACGAAAACGAAGAUCCAGCUGUUCCUGAUCGACGGGGCGAAGCCGGUCUUCAAGCCUAAGCGGCCAGUGCCGUUCCACUCGCAGCGGCUGGUCGAGAAGGAGCUCAACCGAUUGCAGAACAUGGGAGUGCUGGAGCCGGUCGACUACUCGGACUGGGCGGCACCCAUCGUGGCAGUUCGGAAGGCGCAGCGCGACGCAGACGGAGAUCCGGUGGUCCGCAUUUGCGCGGAUUACUCGACCGGAUUGAACGCUAUGCUGGAGGCGAACAAGUACCCUCUCCCUACCCCCGACGACAUCUUCGCAAAGCUGGCUGGCAGCAAGUUAUUCAGCGUGAUUGACCUGUCGGACGCUUAUCUGCAGAUGGAGGUAGAGGAGGAGUCGCAGAAGCUGUUGACUAUGAACACACACAAGGGGCUGUUCAAGGUCAAGCGUCUGCCGCCGGGAGUGAAACCCGCUCCUGGAGCCUUCCAGAAGGUCGUUGACAACAUGCUCGCCGGCCAGGAAGGAGCGGCGUCGUUCCUCGACGACGUGCUGGUGUUCGGCCGAACGCGCGCUGAGCACGACCGGAACUUGGAGCAAACGCUGCAGCGGAUCCAAGAUUUCGGUUUCCGGCUCAAGAUCGAGAAGUGCAAAUUCUACAUGACGGAGGUGAAGUACCUGGGCCACAUCAUCAACCAAAACGGAAUCCGCACCGACCCGGGGAAAGUGUCUGCCAUCUCGCAGAUGCCACCGCCGAAGAACCUCACCGAGCUGCGUUCGUUCUUAGGCGCGGUCAACUACUACGCGAAGUUCAUCAAGGAGAUGCACCAGCUGCGUAGGCCACUCGAUCUGCUGCUGAAGAAGGACGCAAAGUGGGCCUGGUCGGACGACUGCCAACGAUCGUUCGAGCGCUUCAAGGAGCUGCUCAAGUCUGACCUGAUGCUGACCCACUACAACCCGACGCUGGACAUUAUCGUGGCCGCUGACGCUUCGCAAACCGGAAUCGGCGCCACAAUCCGACAUCGUUUCUGA